AAAACAGGGGCUGUAAUCAGUGGUAAACCAGGGGCCCUAUAAGAAAGGGCCAAGGCGAAGAGCAGAGUGGAGUGGAGUGAGCGGGAGAAGUGAAUUAUGGAGGAGGACAGAGGUGCAAAUAGUAGCGGCAUGAAAGAGGCGCUGCUCCACCGGGAGAAGCAUUUUAUGGCAGGGGAGGUGGUGCGCGAUGUGAUAAUGGGGAUGUCCGAUGGCUUGACUGUGCCCUUUGCGCUCGCGGCAGGGCUUUCCGCCGCUACUGCCUCCUCUUCCAUCAUCGUCACCGCUGGACUGGCUGAAGUCGCUGCGGGCGCAAUCUCCAUGGGACUCGGCGGAUAUCUUGCAGCAAAAAGUGAAUCUGAUCAUUAUGUGCAGGAGCGAAGUCGUGAGGAAGAAGAAAUAAUGUCUGUACCAGACACUGAGGCAGCUGAGGUGGCAGACAUUCUUGCAAAAUAUGGAUUGCAGCCCAAUGAAUACUGGCCUGUUGUCAAUGCACUGCGGAAGCGCCCUGAUGCUUGGAGUGAAUUUAUGAUGAGAUUUGAACUGGGUUUGGAGAAGCCAGAUCCGAAGAGGGGACUGCAAAGUGCAUUCACUAUAGCUAUAGCUUAUGUGAUUGGAGGUUUGAUUCCAUUAAUGCCUUAUGUCUUCAUACCCACUGCUAAGAACGCACUAAUGGUAUCUGCAAUAGUUACAUUAAUAGCUUUGCUCUUCUUUGGCUACAUCAAGGGCCAUUACACCGGAAAUAAGCCUACUAGUAGUGCUAUUCAAACUGCAGUAAUCGGGGCUCUUGCCUCGGCCACCGCUUUUGGAAUUGCUCGAGCUGUAGGGCCAUGAAUCCAUAUGAGAAAAUUUUGGGAGGUUUCUGGAAUUCAAUCAGUUUUUUUUUCCUA